AACACGUCAUUUGUGAACAGCGCAUGUGUUUUGGUUUGUGAUUUGUGCUGUAAUUUCAUCGAAGCUCUAGAAAGAAAUUAUCAUACAGCACUUUUAUCACCGAUUUGAAAUCUUAUCAGCACCUGUGCUGCUGCACUAUGAUAUUCGCCAGCUCGUCAGAUGGUGAGGGUAAACUAAAAUGACCCUUCCUGUGCGCGUUUCGUUUAAAAUAUUUACUCCAAUAGUUGUAGCCGUGUUGCUUAGUGUAGCCGCAUUGGUAAAAAGCGGAGCAAACAAUCUUCACAUGUACGAUGGAGUUCGAACCCAAGAUAUUAUAGCUGGUGACGUGUUCUUCGAAAUUAUUGACCCACCAGAGCUAGAGUACACUUACAGGAUUCGACCGGCUAAGGAUUUUGGAAGUACGUUUGGUGGCUCAUUUAAAGUUACUGAGGGCAAGCUGGUUCCGGCAAUUCCGUCUGAUGCAUGUGAGCCCAAUUUUGUUAACGAACGGGAUCUGAAGGACAAUAUAGUACUCGUGGAACGAGGGGAAUGCUCCUUUUUAUCAAAAGCAAUUAACAUCGAAAAAGUCGGAGGUAAAGCAGUAAUAAUCACCGAAAUUGAUACCAAUUCGGAUGACUAUGAUUACUACAUCGAGAUGAUCCACGAUAAAACGGAUCGUGAUACUAACAUUCCGGCUGCCUUUCUGUUGGGUAAAAAUGGUCUCAUAAUCCGACGUACGCUCACCAGACUGAACAGGCGGUAUGCGCUCGUAAAUCUACCGGUCAAUCUGACCUUUGUGGCACCGCAUUUGAUUAAUCAGCCUCCCUGGCUGCAGUGGUGAAUCAUCUUUUUGGUGUUGGUAUAUUAUUGCAGUGGAAGCUUGUUUUAGAUUAUACAGAGAAAAAAACCUUUGUGGUAUUAUGACUGUUUAGAGAGACUAAUUUUCUAGUCAACCUGUAAGAAACUAAAAGCAAGAAGAGAAACUCAGAAGAAAAACUAUUUGUUGAACCCAAUAAACUCAAGUUGUUCAUCAGAA